UUUUUUUUUAAAACGAUAUACAAUUUUGAUAUAAAUACUCCAAUAACAAGAUUCUUGAAAAAUAAAAUAAACAUUUAUUUUUUUUUUUACAUUUUCCUAUAAAAUUUACACUAUUUUUUUUCUUAAAAAAACAUACCAGUAAUCAUGACGCAAAAUUCUUCAACUGAAUAUUCUGAAUACCACGAUGCAAAUAAUUUUAAUGAUCCACCAUACGAAAACGAAUCUGUCACUCUCUUAACACACCCACCACUAACUCAACGCAAUGUUUCUCAACAAAAUAAUAACUUUUCUAUGCACCAAAAUCUCCAAAUCUUUUCUAAUUCUAUUAAUGCAUUUGAAGAAAAUAUUAGUAGACAACUUGAACAAGUUAAUGAACUUAAAAGGUUAUUAAAUCAGAUAAGACAAUUUAUUAUCGCGCAACAACCAUCACCACCACCACAACAAACUUCUAUGCCUCAUCGUAUAUACCGAAACCAUGCCCCCAGACCUCAUCCUUAUUUGAAUGAACGUUUAGUUUCUUCUCGUACGCCAACUAUUCGUUAUGGAGCACCAACGUACCGUCAUACUACCGAACAACUCUCUUCACCGGAUGCUCUUCAUUGUCAACAAACUAACGUUCUUGCUGAGACAACCUCUUCCGAUAUUCAGGAUUAUGAAUUUUGGUGAAACUUGUAAUUAUAACUUGUAUACGGAUACAGAUUAUAUGGCUUUAUAAUAAAAU